GUAUAUCGUAAUUCAGUCAAACUGUUGACAAACAACGUUAACACAAAGCAGUCGUUUAUUGAAACCCUUAAAUGACUUUUGAUUUGUAAAGUGAAUGCAAAUACCGUACUAUUGAUUGUUUGUCUCACACUUUAUCCACAAUUAUUGUGUUGUCUAUUGACUAUUGACUGUAAUCUUUGCGACAUUUGGUGUCCAGCGAUGGGAAACCUGUCGUCAUGUUGUUUGCCAAAGAAGUCGGACGACGAAAUCAACGAAAGGACACACAUUUUGGACAAUCCCGUGUCUUCACCCGACGAUGGAAAUGAUAUGCGAUAUAACAGUUGUUUGCCACCAGUGCUGUCACCGACUUAUGGCACACUCAACGGCCGCACAGAACAGAACCAAUUAAAUAAUACAUUACACAAAUUGGUGGCCAAAGUAAUAGACGUGUCGUCCAUCGACAACAACAUUGAACAAAGCGAUUGGAAUGAAAGACAACGAACUUAUGGCCAACGGUUGGCUAAUAUCAAGAAACCACUUCUUCUUAAGUCUAAAUUGAAGUCUAAUACUCAACCGCAAGUUUCCACAUCAAUGUCGAGUCGAAAUCUAACGAUUGAGUUAAUCAGUGAAGAAGAUCUUAAUCUAAUCAACUAUUUCAGUGAAAAGGCUACGAAUGCCGUUCUCAACGGCUUUAAAGUACACUGUGACGAGUCAUUUGUCGUCCAAUUUGAUCCCUGAUUUGAGUCACUCAUUUGCGAUCAAGUUUUAUCAUCGAUGCAACACUUGAUUGUCUUUUACUCUUUAGUGUAAUUAAGUAUAUCUAAUAUUUUUAUAUUUUAUCAUUAUACUACUA